AUGAAGCCGGUCACGACGCUCGACCCGAUCCCCGACAUUCGCUUCUACCCGACGUGGCCGGGGCUUUGGCUCAUGGGCAACCUCGGCCGCGCGCUUUUCGCGGCCUCGACCAACCGCAUGUGGCCCUGGACGUACAACGAGUGCACGGAGCUCUCACGCAAAAACCAGCGCAUCUCAGCGUGCAAUGACAACCCUGGCUACGGCCUCAACCCGAACCAAGGCCGCGGGUCCCCCGAGAUCGACAUCCUCGAAGGCGGCGGCACGGCGAUUUCGUCGUCCGUGCAGAUUGCACCGGGCAUGCCGGACGACUAUCGACUGACAACGCCGCUUCUGAAAUACGAAAACUCGUCCAACGUCGACGCCCAAGGGCGGCAUGGCGGCUUUAUCGAGAUUGCGAUGAAGCUGCCCGGCGCCACCAACAAGGGCUCGCAGAACCCCCACGUGACGGGCCAAAAGUGGACGCAGCAAGGCAUGAAGCCGGUCACGACGCUCGACCCGAUCCCCGACAUUCGUUUCUACCCGACGUGGCCGGGUCUCUGGCUCAUGGGCAACCUCGGCCGCGCGCUUUUCGCAGCCUCGACCAACCGCAUGUGGCCGUGGACGUACAACGAGUGCACGGAGCUGUCGCGCAAGAACCAGCGCAUCUCAGCGUGCGAUGACAACCCUGGCUACGGCCUCAACCCAUACCAAGGCCGCGGGUCCCCCGAGAUCGACAUCCUCGAAGGCGGCGGCACGGCGAUUUCGUCGUCGGUUCAAAUUGCACCGGGCAUGCCGGACGACUAUCGACUGACAACGCCGCUUCUGAACGACGACGACUGCACGGUCGUUACAAGCUUCACAGGCAGAUGCGUGGACCGACGCUGCUCGUGCGUGACGGCGUGGACCGGACCCCGGUGCACCAAGUACAGCAUUGGCGGAUCCUCGUCGUAUGGCCCGUCCGUGUCGCUCGCGGUGGGCCUCGUGGCGUUCGUCGUCGUGGCGUCUCUGGGGGCCUUUAUCAUUCGCCGCAAGCGGCGCGGCGACACGACGCUAAACAAGCAAAUGGCCAUCUUCGCCAAAGCACAACGCGAAGAGUCCCGCAACAGCCGCGCCGCCAUCUAG